GAAGAACGUGAUUUUUUAAAUACAUGUUUUGGAGACAAGUAUAAUUUUAAUGCAUUAUUUUGUGAAAUAUUGCAGGUAUUAAAUGCAGUAAAUGAAAUGAAGGUAGGCAGAGCUGUAUAUAAUUAAGCAGGCCUCUCUAUAAAUUUACAUUCAUUUUGGUGAUUCUGACUUCUUAUUGUGUUUAUCUUGUCUGUAUUAAAAUUAUUAGCCAUAAUUAAUCUAGUUUUCGCCAAGAAAGCCUCGUGAAAAAAGAUGAACACCGAGUUAGAGCAGAUUAUUCAUUUGGUCUCCAAAAAAUAAUGUUUUCUUCUGCAAUACCACAUUUGACCACUAAGGGGCAAUGUUACAAUUCAGCUAAAUGUAUAACAUCUGUUUAAAUUCCACAUAUUUAGUUUGUCAUUUAGUGUUAGUUGUUACAAAUGAAUGGUUUUAAUUCAAUUUAAAGGUUUGUUCUGAAAACUGCUUUCUAACCCAGUGUGAGAUUGUAGUGUGGAGGAUUUUGUGUUCUGGUCUCUGAUUGGUGGGUUUGUGCAUAUAUUAUCGUUCUCCCUUUAGUUUUGGUACUAAGGAACACUUAAAUAGACCCUUCCUCUGUUAACUUUAGCAUUAACAAUAUGUUAUGUAACAUUAAGAAUAUGUUAUGUAGCAGAAUGUUAUCUAUGAAAUAUUAAAUUUAAACGGUAUUUUCCGUCCUCGUGUUUACAGUUGUGUAGAAUGGCACCGUUUGUUGUUGGUUGUUGUCGGUAUCGCUUCUCGGCCUUUUGGCUAAGAUCAAGUGUAGUAUCUGUUCUUAUCAGUUUAAUAUCUGAUACGUCCCCUACCCGGGGACCAUAUAUUAAAUUGAUUUUUGGAACAGGGAGAUGGAAUAGGGGCUUGCUCCGUCCACUCCACGUAUCGACCCGGUAUUGCAGUACUUCCGGGAACGGUGCACUCCUCUCUCCACUGUUAAAGAAAGAUUGUUUUUCCAGGUAGAGUAUAAAAGAGAUAGAUGUUUAUUUGUGGAGCUUGGUGUCUGAUGUGUUUGUGAUCACACUAUUUCCACACUUUACCACAGAAAAGGCUUUUAACGGGGUUGUUGUAGAUCCAGUCUGGUUUUGUAAAAGUUAAAGUAGCAUUUACUUUUACACGAUUAAAAUCAGAAUUUUUCUUCAAUGAACAUCCAACUCUCUACUCUGACUUUCUGUUAGAAAAGCACAAUAAUUUAGUUUCUGUAAAACACGUAGCAUUUAGUAAAUGUCUUGUCUUAAUUGGAUCAUCAAGCGGUGUGUCAUGAAUUUGAAGGAGGCAUGAUUUAUAAGUGAUAACAUAUUUUAAAGUAUAUCACAAAAUUCUAACGUGAAAAAAUACACGGUUUCUAAAUUAGAAUAAAGUUUCUCAACAGUCAUCAUUUGUGUUACCCGGAACUAUCUAUCCGGAACUACCUAUCCGGAAUACUGUGUCCGGAAUCUUAUUAACGGUCGGACACAGAAACCUCCCCUCUCGUGCGUGCUUAUUUAGCGGGUCUUUGUUAAAAUAUUAUGAUUAUAGAGACACUUAUAAUUGAAGUUUAAAGCAGCCUUCUCUCGCCAUCCUUCACUUAUGUGCUAAAAAUUAACGGAAGCGGUUUUUCUUGUAAUGAAGUCGUUUUGUCUUUGAUCUAACUCGCCGUCUAACUUACACACCGAGGGGGCGGGGCUAAGUGUAACGAGGCUUUAAAACAACCUUGAUAAAAUUGUUAAAUAUUUUUGUCCUCUCCUGCUGCUUACCCUAUAGCGUUGAGCCAUUUCCCCUGUACUGAUUCUUUUUAGUGUAAAGUGUACAUGUAUUGAUUAAACAAUACAUGAUUGUUUUCUGAACAUUGUGGAUCUCCUGACAUAUUCAGCAGCAAUGCAUCAUGGGAUGUUGUGUAUUAGUAAAAUAAAAAAUAGUAAAGCACACGGCUUUAUAUGCAAUAAAUGUCGUCUUAUGUAAUAAGUAUGUAAUAAAUGCAGCACGUGUGGACUGUAGCGUUUAGUCUCAUAUGUUUAUGUAACGAAUAGCACCGUGUUGUUGACCAUGAUGGUAAACGGUGUGUUUGCUGGUGCAGCCACUAGCUGCUGGAUCUCCAAUUCAUACUUACCUGGCAGGGGAGAUACCAUGAUCAAGAAGGUGGUUCACCCAAGGCGAGGCUCAGCCAUUGCACUGAGGCUGUGCUGACCUUUGCGAAUUCCCCAAAUGUGGGAAUCUCGACUGCAUAAUUUAUGGUAGUGGGGGACUGCGUUCGCGCUCUCCCCUGAUUUUACUGUUGAAAAAACAGACAAAUGUGUUGAUUUGUUUUCCAAAAUUUUUUUCUUCUGUUUAUUUCUCUUAACACUACAUUAUUUAUGUUUUUUUGUAAAUGUGUAUACGUUUAUUCAACACAGAUCGUAUGAGGUUUCUACAGUGUGUUAAAGCCUAUGGUGAGUGUAGACAGUUCUACACUGUCAUUGGUCGAGAGUAAGGGCGAACCCUAACGGUCAGUCUGUGAGUUUGCGUUGUAAGGAUUCUUGUCCCACUGACAAGCCCAAUCAGCCUGAUCCCAAAGUUCAGCCACGUUACACCCACAGAACGACUGCUGUCAGACUCCCCUGUGAUAGUGAUAUUCACAUUAUAUGUACACAGCAUGAAUUCAAACAACCUGUAUACCUCAAUACAGUUAAAUUUAGAUAACUUUAUUAAUCCCAGUAUGGUCAAUAGCUUUUUGACCUGCUCGAAACCAAAGGUGCGAUAAGCCUGUGUUCUUUGGGACGAGUUUCACAGUAGAUCCAGUGUCUCUCAAUUGUAAACAACCUUCUGUUUGGAAAUGUUCUACUCUCAUUUCCGUGUUUAAUGGUUUUUUGUGCAAUAGUAACAAAUGUGUAUUUGUAUGCAUUAUGUGUGUGGCAGGUGGAGCUUGAGAGUUGGGUUCGUCUUUUCUUCCAGAGCCGUGUCUUGUGGCGUCCUGCUGGAGUGUGGAGAUACUCCCUGAAGUGUCCUAGUGAUGAUAAGUGUGUGGGUAAGGGGCGGAUUGUUCACCUCUACAAGUCUGGCUACCACCACCGGGUACGUCACAUCUGUGACAUGUCCAACUGGUACACAAUGCUUACUGAAGCCCUGUGCUGUGGACCAUGUACCAAGGCAGCAAGGCGUGGAGAAGGUAGCACAGUGGGCUGGUGGCUUGCAUGGGAUUCUGCUAUUCUAUCACAGCUGAGCGAGGCUCAUCGAGCCAUGUUUCCUGCCAUCCUUACUAGCAAUGUGGCAUGGACAAGAGCAUUGUGCAACGUUUCCGUGACCAGGCUGAAGGGAACGCUAUGUGUAAAGUGUGGUAGCAAAUACAGGAGAAUCACUUUGGCAACGCAAGGACCUGUACACCACACUCCUCAUGAGUCUAGUGGAAACUGGUGGGAUGGUCUCUGCAUUGGGGCCCAGGUUUCAGGCUCCAGCUCCUCCAAGAGAGCUGCCCUCGGCGUGUCUCCUGCGCCAUGCCUUCCUUGAAGGAGCGGACGGACAUAAGUAUGCCACUCUCCUGCUCUAACCCACAGUCACUUCUGCCACAGCUGAUGAGAAAAACCUCAGUCACAGGUACAAUCACCAGACCUGUGCUCUCUUCCUCUACAACCACCCCAGGGAUUUCUGGCCCCUCCACACAUGCUAUAAUGCCAGCCAGUCAGGUAACUCCUCGCAUUACUGGUUCAGUCACAUCACUCUCUUCAGCAGUGCCCGUAUUGCCUGCCAGUCAGACCAUUUGCACAUCACGCAGUACUGGCACAACUACAAUCUGGGCAAGAUCUACACCAUACAAGCUUAAGCUGAAACACUCAUCAGAAUUAGGAGCCAAACUGUCAAGGGUGCAAAAUCUGCCUAUUUGUACACUCUGAGGUCAACCAGCCCAGGGACAUAAAAAAUAAACUUUCUGCCCUGUAAAAAUGAUGUCUCCAUCAAAAGGACUGAAAAACAGAGUGUACAAAAGUUCUGAAAACUUUACUUCUGUUGUCGACCAGUUGGGAGCUGGAGGACCAUACAAACUGUAAGGUGUUUAUUUAUUUAUUUAUUUAUUAAUCUAUUUUUGUGUGUGUACCCCAGUUAGCAUUAAAAUGAUGUGGAGAAAUAGUGACCUCUAUUCUGCUGUACACUAAUUCCAGUUUUAAAACAAACCCAUAUUUCAUUAAAUAUCUUUUGUGAUACUUACAAAUUCUAUUUGCAAUUUCUUAUUUGGUUUCAACCAUAACAACCUUUGUACAUAGUUGGAUCUCACUGUAAAAAUUGUAAAUACUUUUAUGACUUUAUUUCUUUAUCAU